GGUUUUAUUUACUACUUUAGAUGACAAUGGAAAAUAGGUUAAAUCUGUUGUGUAAUGUUAUAUUUUAGGAGAAGUCCUAGGUGGAAAAGUUAAAAAUAAUAUUCAUCUCAUGACAUUGUACAGAGCACUGCCUGAAAAUGGUAUCAGAAUAGCUAAUAUCUUGUAAUUAUCAAAGAAAUUUCUGGAAUUAGUGGCAUUAAAACAAUUGAGGUUACCCGCAAAAUCAGUGUUAGCAUGCGUGGCAGACAUUGUGUAGAAGAGUUCAGAAGCCUGAGAGGACUGAAGUAUUCUAACAUAAGAUAUGGCUCGUGGACAGCAGAAGAUUCAGUCGCAGCAGAAAAAUGCCAAAAAGCAAGCUGGACAAAAGAAGAAACAAGGACAUGACCAAAAGGCUGCUGCCAAAGCUGCCUUAAUAUAUACCUGCACUGUCUGUAGGACACAAAUGCCAGACCCUAAGACCUUCAAGCAGCACUUUGAAAGCAAGCAUCCUAAGACUCCACUUCCUCCAGAAUUGGCUGAUGUUCAGGCAUAAAGUUGUUUACAGGUGAAUUCACGACACCUUUGGCUCUUCUACUGUCUCAGACCUUAGGUAACAAACCUGCAGCUGCUUUUCUAACAAACUGUUGAUCAGCAAAAAUAAAGGGGCUACAGAAACACUCAUUUUUAUGCUGUUCCCUUUUGGGCUUCAUGCAAAGACAAUUCUGUGUAAAUGUACAGUUGACUCUGAUUUGGAAAUCUGAAAAUCAGUCCAUCCUUGUUAUAAAAAAUUUUUUUACAAUUGUAAUUAUAUUGAUGUUCAUAUUGUGUAAAAUAACUCAUUUAAUAAAGUAGUACUUUGAUUUUACAACAUCA